UCGGCCGGAAUCUCCAUCAGUUCGACGGAGGAAGAAGCGCCGAGUUCGCCGGAGGAACAAGCGCCGAGUUCGCCAAAGGAACAAGAACGCCUGCCGAGUCCUGUGGUGGCUACACGAGAGGAGAAUUUCUUUGCCGCAUCACAAGAAAAACAAUUUGAAACAGAGAACUGCACAUUAUGACUAUCAAAAAAAGAAGCGCCUCUCUGAAAUUCACAGUUUUGAACCAAAAGAGACACAUCUAGAAAAUGAUUGCAUGAGUGGUUCCAGUGUCAUGUACGUCAACAUGGUUGGAGAUUUGGGAUCGGAUGUUGCGCCAAGAGCGAGGGACCAAGGUGCUGAACUAACAGCAGGGGGGAGGGUGAUUCUUCAGCUAACUGCCAAGAAUCAUAUAAGGAUGCAUCUAAUGAGUCCACCUAGGGAGCUGCACAAAUUUGGAACAACUUCCAGAACAGGCAUCCAAGCAUUUUGGUCUGCUACCAGUAAGCUGCCAGAGCAAGAUAGCUGGGAGUCUGGGAUGUCGAGUCGUCGAGCCGUCCAAUGCCAAGUUUGCCGGCGGAAGGAGAACAUCUGUCAAGCCGUCCGUCGCCUGAGGCGGCUACACCAGAGUUUAUUUUUUCCACCUCGCUGCUCAACAGGUCCGUGGGUUACUACUCCUUUGCUCUUGCUGGUGACCGGCCUCCAGAGUAGCACUUGCUUGAGAUCUGAUCUAGAACUGAAUUGUGCUCUGCUUUGCUGUGGUCGUAUGCUCUGUGUCCACCGAUGAGUUUCAGAUACAGAUUAGGACCAAAAUUGGAGUAGGUUCAGUCACGCAAAUGUUGUAUCACUUUGUCAUGGGUAUUGUGCUGCUGAAUUGCUUGUUGGACUGUUCAAACUAAAGUCGUCCAGUCAGUUUGCUACAAUGUUCAUUUGUUUACUUUGGAAGUUCUAUAGAAUUUGGGCCUGAUCACUUUCGAA